GUCUUCCUGUGACGCGUGAAAGGGCGUGGCCACAUCAUGGCGCUGUGCAUGUGCGGCUGCUCGGAGCUGAACUGAGGCGCUUCCAGGAAAAAAUGCUGAAAGAUCCAAUACCUAGCAAUAUUGAGAGAAAAUGAUUGCGGCUGAUGAUCUUUGCCUUGAAGACAUUGAAGAUAUUGUGUCGGCACAAGAUCCAAAGCCCUUUGAUCGUCAGUUCAGUAGAAAAAACAUUAUUCCUAAAGUGCGAAAACGCCAGUCGCAGAAGAAUGUGGAAGUGGAUGAUCCUCCCCCUAGAGAUAGUGUGAUUCCUGGUAUACAGAAAAUCUGGAUACGUACAUGGGGAUGUUCCCAUAAUAGUUCAGAUGGCGAAUACAUGGCUGGACAGCUAGCUGCUUAUGGAUACAGUAUAACAGAAAAUGCAGCAGAAGCAGAUCUCUGGCUAUUGAACAGUUGUACAGUAAAAAGCCCCGCUGAAGACCAUUUUCGGAACUCAAUUAAGAAAGCACAAGAAGGAAAAAAGAAAGUUGUCCUAGCGGGAUGUGUUCCACAAGCCCAGCCCCGACAAGACUAUCUGCAAGGCCUGAGCAUUAUUGGGGUUCAACAGAUAGAUCGUGUAGUGGAAGUUGUUGAGGAAACUAUUAAGGGUCAUUCUGUGAGAUUGCUGGGACAGAAAAAGGAUAAUGGGAAACGGCUAGGAGGAGCGCGACUGGAUUUGCCAAAGAUUAGAAAGAACCCCCUGAUAGAAAUCAUUUCCAUCAAUACAGGGUGUCUGAAUGCAUGUACUUAUUGCAAAACUAAGCAUGCCCGUGGAGAAUUAGCAAGUUAUCCUAUUGAAGAACUGGUAAACAGAGGCAAACAGUCCUUUCAAGAAGGAGUAUGCGAGAUAUGGCUGACCAGUGAAGAUACCGGGGCUUAUGGCAGAGACAUUGGCACAGACCUCCCGACUCUCUUGUGGAAGCUAGUGGAAGUGAUCCCUGAGGGAGCAAUGCUAAGGCUCGGCAUGACAAACCCUCCGUAUAUUUUAGAGCAUCUGGAGGAAAUGGCAAAAAUUCUCAACCACCCAAGAGUCUAUGCUUUUCUUCAUGUACCAGUUCAAUCCGCCUCUGAUAGCGUAUUGAUGGACAUGAAGAGAGAAUAUUGUGUGGCUGAUUUCAAACACGUGGUGGAUUUUCUUAAAACUAGAGUACCUGGAAUAACAAUUGCUACAGACAUCAUUUGUGGGUUUCCAGGGGAAACCGAUGAAGAUUUUCAAGAAACCAUGAAACUUGUUGAAGAAUACAGGUUUCCAAGUCUUUUUAUUAACCAGUUUUAUCCACGCCCUGGGACUCCAGCUGCAAAAAUGCCUCAGGUUCCAGCUCAAAUAAAGAAACAAAGAACAAAAGAACUGUCCAAACUAUUUCAUUCAUACAAUCCAUAUGAUCACAAGAUUGGGAAGAGACAGAAAGUGCUUGUUACAGAAGAAUCCUUUGAUUCCAAAUUUUAUGUUGCUCAUAAUAAAUUCUACGAACAGAUUCUUGUACCAAAGAACCCUGAAUUCAUGGGAAAGAUGGUAGAAGUGGACAUUUUUGAAGCAGGGAAGCAUUUUAUGAGAGGACAGCCAGUAUCAGAGGCCAGAGUAUUCACUCCAUCCAUCAGAAGGCCGUUUGCCCGAGGAGAGGUUUCUGGUUUAACAGAGGAGUUCAGACAUGCACUGGAGAAUGACUCAGAAUCAAAAGCCCGUCCAUCUGUUGAGCGGCAAAUCGUACAAUUGAGCCACAGGAUGGUGAUGCAGUUGCCUUGGCAACACGAGGGAAAAAUGCUGAAGAUGCUGUCACUAAGUGUGGCUCUUCUAGCAGUUCUUAUUGCCUUUUACUAUGGAGACAUUUAAAUAGAAAACUGUGCUGGAUGCUUAUUCCAUCAACAGAUAACAGCUUGCCUGUUGUGAACUUCAGAAUCUAAUGUUUGAUAAUCAGAAUCUGUAUAAAGCUUUCCUGAACUGCUAGAAAUUCUUUGUUUUCUUUUUUCUUUUUAAUCAAAAUUUCAGCAUCUAAAUUUUUCAUAAAAUAGCUUCAUUUUCAUAAGCACAGUGAGGUUUUUAGAAAGUUACAACUAUAUUUCUUAAAUAACAGCUAAUUCCUUGUUAUUGUGUUCACCUGAACCCUUAUUAAAAAUGAUCGUUAAAGCACCUUGAGUCACUCUUUGUUCAGUAAUGAAAAUAUUUAGCUCAAAAUUGUCAGGCCGCUAAACUUAUACAUAUCUUUAUAAUCAUAGGACACCCAUGAUCCAAACCAACAACAAAACUAUUGUCUGACAGGUAUUUAAAUACACAGAGAGACAAAGUAGAUGAGUCCAUAUUUAAAGACUUUAAAGUUUUGCUUUUCACACUGAGUGUUCUUCACCUUCCAUGAUCCAUGCAUUGUCGAGUCAUAUUUCCUUAAGCAAAAAUGUAAUAAAUUCAUUUCCUCUAGUUUAUACAAAUUCCCAGGCAAUCAAACUUUCUGGAUUGUUGCAGUGGAAGGCUUCCUUGCCAUAAGAUAAUUUCUCUCUUCCUUCUUUAGUCACAGAGGAACAAUGUUGUAAUCUUUUAUGGUCCAACACAUUUGAAAAGUUUCAAAGCUUCAGAGGAUGUAGUGCAGCUCAUUGUAUCAACAAAAUAUCUCAAACCUCUCUCCAUUUUGGUAGCCCACUUCAGAUAUUCUAAAGUUGUAAGCCAAUUAAAUGAAAGGCCCAGUUUUUGCAAGGAAGUCCUGAGUUCUGUAUCGAGCAGACUUGAUGGUCCCAGGAGUUUUAUAGGAAUUGGGCCUUUGAGGAAGCCAACAACCAUAGAGUGUUUUCAGGACAGGAGCCAGAGCAUCUGCUUUUACUUACCUGCUGGGAUUAUUUUGUGGUCGCAAGGCCCUUCAGAACACUUGGCAGUGAGUCAGAGCAGACAAGUGGGGAGGAUGAAAAUUUUAAACUAUUCUCUCUAGGAAAUUCAACUAGCGUGAGAUCAUUCCUAGACUAAACUUGAGAAGAGGUUCACUAAGAGACGUUAACGAGGAGCUAGUAAUUCUAACUCGGUUUAUUUAGUCUAGUCUUUUGUUUUUGUGAGAUUAUGUAUCAAUACUGAAUUAUAUAAAAUUACAGAAAAUAUUUAAAAAAUAUCCUCCAUGACCUUAAAAGA